AACGAGCUUCAGUUGUUUAAAGCGGUAUAAUUUUCCUUCCAGGUUUCGCAAUAGAUUCUAAAGUAAUUUCCAACGUUAACUGUAGUUAAAAUGUCUAGCAACUCUACAUCUUGUAAUAAAAUAUUUAUACCGAUAGAAACGCCGGCGGAACAAGAAGAAACAUUAAAAAAUCAACGUAAAACUAUUGGCUUGCAGGGAGAAGCGACUGACAAAGAAAACUUUACUGGAUGUAAAAAGUCUGAUAAAUUAAGUCGGCUAAAGGCACUCUAUGAUAUAAGCAACGCUGCUAUUGUGAAGGCCAAUGAAGGUACAAAGAGGAAAAAAGUUGAAGCCAAAGUAGCCGAAACUAAAACCAAUCUGGAAUAUCCUAAUAAAAGAGGAAAAACUGAAGAGACUACGGAGAAAGAUGAAACCGAAGAAAUCUCAAACAGUUCAGACGAUUGGGAACGUAUAGCGGAAGAAAGAAGGGAAACUUUAGCUGAAGCUUUAAAAGAAAAUCAGCGUUUACAUGAAUGCGCUGAAAGCUUAGAAAAGGAGUUAAACACAUCACGUCAACAAGUGGAAGAAAUUCAACAUUUGGUGGCCAUCCUGACCGAAAUGCUUGAAGAAACUGAAAAAGAAGAUGCUUCCAACGGAGCUGCUGAUGACGAGGAGGGCAGAACAGAUAAUUGCUCAGACAUCGAACUUAAGAAAGAUUAGUUUUUUCUGACAAUCAGUUAUUCUAUAAGUGAUAUAGAUUGAGUUUUGAUUUAAGUUUAAAAAAGUUACCGUUAAAGUACUUAAAAGAGUUUAAUAAAUUUUUACUUUUGCCUUUUAAUGCGCAAUUUAAGCUUUUUCUGUCAGAGGCCUGACUGACAUUUCAACAGAAUUUAAGUUGUGCACUAUCAAUUUUUAGAUUGUUUUUGGAGAAGGCUUUUGUUAGUAAAAUUUAUUUGAUUUUUUUAAGAAAAAAAAAGA